GCCACACUUUUCUGUCCCAUUUUUACCCCUCCCUCCCCAUCUCCUUCUCCCUUGGCCUGCCAGCUUUGCAUCCAUCUCCCCAUCUCCCCCACCGUCACCCCCGCUGCCCGCACCCGCCGGGGCUAUGGCUGCAGAGGAGGGGUUGCAGACGGUGGACCACUACAAGACCGAGAUAGAGAGGCUGACCAAGGAGCUCACGGAGACGACCCACGAGAAGAUCCAGGCUGCCGAGUACGGGCUGGUGGUGCUGGAGGAGAAACUGACCCUCAAGCAGCAGUAUGACGAGCUGGAGGCUGAGUAUGACAGCCUCAAGCAGGAGCUGGAGCAGCUGAAAGAGGCAUUUGGGCAGUCCUUCUCCAUCCACCGGAAAGUUGCUGAGGAUGGAGAGACGCGGGAGGAAACGCUUCUGCAGGAGUCGGCGUCGAAGGAAGCUUACUACCUGGGGAAGAUCUUGGAGAUGCAGAACGAGCUGAAGCAGAGCCGGGCCGUGGUCACGAACGUGCAGGCAGAAAAUGAGAGGCUCACAGCUGUCGUGCAGGAUCUGAAGGAGAACAAUGAGAUGGUGGAGUUACAGAGAAUACGGAUGAAGGAUGAAAUCCGAGAAUAUAAAUUCCGAGAAGCCCGACUGCUUCAGGACUAUACCGAACUGGAAGAGGAAAAUAUCACAUUGCAGAAACUAGUGUCCACAUUAAAGCAGAACCAGGUUGAAUACGAAGGCUUAAAGCAUGAGAUUAAACGAUUUGAGGAGGAGACGGUGCUACUGAACAGCCAGCUAGAAGAUGCCAUCCGAUUGAAAGAGAUUGCUGAGCACCAGCUGGAAGAAGCCCUUGAGACCUUAAAAAACGAAAGGGAGCAGAAGAACAACCUGCGGAAGGAGCUGUCCCAGUACAUCACCCUCAAUGAUAACCAUAUCAGCAUCUCAGUAGAUGGACUCAAGUUUGCAGAGGACGGCAGUGAACCGAACAACGAUGACAAAAUGAAUGGGCAUAUCCAUGGGCCGCUUGUGAAACUGAAUGGAGACUAUCGGACUCCCACCUUAAGGAAAGGAGAGUCUCUGCACCCUGUCUCUGACUUAUUCAGCGAACUGAACAUUUCAGAAAUACAGAAAUUGAAGCAGCAGCUCAUGCAGGUAGAGCGGGAAAAGGCCAUUCUUCUGGCCAAUCUUCAGGAGUCACAGACACAGCUGGAACACACCAAGGGAGCCCUGACAGAGCAACACGAGCGGGUGCACCGGCUCACGGAGCACGUUAAUGCUAUGAGAGGUUUGCAGAGCAGCAAAGAGCUCAAGGCCGAGCUGGAUGGGGAGAAGGGCCGGGACUCGGGGGAGGAGGCCCAUGACUAUGAGGUGGACAUCAAUGGUUUAGAGAUCCUAGAGUGCAAAUACAGGGUGGCAGUAACUGAGGUGAUUGAUUUGAAAGCUGAAAUUAAGGCCUUAAAGGAGAAAUAUAAUAAAUCUGUAGAAAACUACACUGAUGAGAAAGCCAAGUAUGAAAGUAAGAUCCAAAUGUAUGAUGAGCAGGUGACAAGUCUGGAGAAGACCACUAAGGAGAGUGGUGAGAAGAUGGCCCACAUGGAGAAGGAGUUGCAAAAGAUGACCAGCAUAGCCAAUGAAAAUCACAAUACCCUUAAUACGGCUCAGGAUGAAUUAGUGACAUUUAGUGAGGAGCUCGCCCAGCUUUACCACCAUGUGUGUCUGUGUAAUAACGAAACUCCCAACAGGGUCAUGCUGGACUACUACAGGCAAAGCAGAGUCACCCGCAGUGGCAGUCUAAAAGGGCCUGAUGAUCCCAGGGGACUUUUGUCUCCACGAUUAGCCAGGAGAGGUGUGUCUUCCCCAGUGGAAACAAAGACCUCGUCUGAACCAGUUUCAAAAGAAAACACAGAGGCCAGCAAAGAACCUAGUCCAACUAAGACCCCCACAAUCUCUCCCGUUAUUACUGCCCCACCAUCGUCUCCAGUACUGGAUACUAGUGACAUCCGCAAAGAGCCAAUGAAUAUCUAUAACCUUAAUGCCAUAAUCCGGGACCAAAUCAAGCACCUGCAAAAAGCCGUGGACCGGUCCUUGCAACUGUCUCGUCAACGAGCAGCUGCUCGGGAGCUGGCCCCCAUGAUUGAUAAAGACAAGGAAGCCUUAAUGGAAGAGAUUCUCAAGCUGAAGUCCCUGCUGAGCACCAAGCGGGAGCAGAUUGCCACGCUGAGGGCAGUGUUGAAGGCCAACAAACAGACAGCUGAGGUGGCACUAGCUAAUCUCAAGAACAAAUAUGAAAAUGAAAAGGCAAUGGUGACUGAAACUAUGACAAAGCUUAGAAAUGAACUGAAGGCUUUGAAAGAAGAUGCUGCAACUUUCUCAUCCUUGAGAGCGAUGUUUGCAACAAGAUGCGAUGAAUACGUCACGCAGUUGGAUGAAAUGCAGAGACAGUUAGCAGCCGCGGAGGACGAGAAGAAGACUCUAAACACUUUGUUACGAAUGGCUAUCCAGCAAAAACUCGCCCUGACCCAGAGGCUGGAGGACUUAGAGUUUGACCAUGAGCAGUCCCGACGCAGCAAAGGCAAACUUGGAAAGAGCAAGAUCGGCAGCCCUAAAGUAAGUGGGGAGGCAUCAGUCACCGUGCCCACCAUAGACACUUACCUCCUGCAUAGUCAGGGCCCACAGACACCCAACAUUCGGGUCAGCAGUGGCACUCAGAGGAAAAGACAAUUUUCACCUUCCCUUUGUGAUCAGAGCCGUCCCAGGACUUCAGGGGCUUCCUACCUACAGAAUUUAUUAAGAGUUCCCCCUGAUCCCACCUCCACAGAAUCAUUUCUUCUGAAGGGCCCCCCUUCCAUGAGUGAAUUCAUCCAAGGGCACCGGCUCAGCAAGGAAAAAAGGUUAACCGUGGCUCCACCAGCAAAAAGAGAUUGUCAGCAGCCUGCUGCCUCCGUACCGCCACAGUGCUCACAACUAGCCGGGAAGCAAGACUGCCCGACGCUCAGUCCUGACAAAACUCUCCCCGAGGAGCAGCCACAUUCCAGCUCACAGUGCUCCCCUCUCCACUGUCUCUCCAAGCCUCCUUACCCCUAGUCUUCAUCUCCCGUGGACGAACAUCUGGGGUGAAAGUUUUGUAGCCACACACAAGAUACUGCCCACGACCCAGCGGGUGUUUUCUUCUCGGUGUUAGAUGUACAGUUGGAAUAGCGUCUGUCAUUCUGGAAGAUGCCAGAAAGUGGAGAAGAAUAACACAGAGCACAGACCCUGGUGUGAUCAAACAUUUUACAGUUUCUAAGUCACAGAUAAACUUCUGCAAUCCAAUGGCUACAGCUCAGUUCAAUCAAUUUUAAAAAAAUGGAACAGGACAAGUGUAUCUCAGAUGGCUGGCUUUUACCUCAAUAGCGUAAGAGACCUAAGACGAUGUAAAAUACGUAUAUUGUAAAAUCACCUGUCCCCGUCCUCCAAAUUCAGCUAGAGACGUUGAUUCCGAUAUUUUUGUCAUGGAUAUUUAUUUUGUACUUUAUUUGCCACAUGAUUUAUGUCUAUAAAAAUUUCUGUAUGAGGCAAAUUUUAAUCCAUUUGUUUUCAAAUAAGUAUACUUUGCUGAAUUAAGUAUGAGUUUUGAUUGAGUUUGAAAUCUGGAAUUGGCCAGACUGUGGUCAUUUCUCUUGCACAAAAUGAUAAAAUGAGGUGCAUAAGAAUGUUAACAAUAACUGUAUUGUGCUGCUAUCUGAUAUUGUUUAUGCACUUAUUUUCUAACCCGUAGCUUAUUAACUGCUGGGGUAUUUUUUGUUUUGUUUCAUGUUUUUCAAACUAGAGUUCUUCACUGGACCUUCUUAAGUAAAUCUAAGGAAGAAACUAAGUUAGGAUUGAGUGACUUAUUCAAGUUUUGAUGACAUCUUUCAUUUUUAAAAAUUGCAUUUGAGUAGCUGUCUCGGUGCUGCUGCUUUGUGUGUAUGUGUGUGACAAUGUUCACGAAGGCUAAGUAACUUGAAGGGAAAAAAUGAUGUGUUUAUUUCAUGACCAGAAUUUUUUUUACCUCUCCCUAAUUCAGGGUCCUACUCUAAGUCUUUCCUGCUAAAAGAUAUUGAGUACAAAUGGGAAAAUAUAUACAUAGAUAGACCUAAGGUAGCCUUUGGUUAAUUAUUUAUCCAGAAAGUAUUCAAAUUUUGAUUAAAACUGUAUGUUUUGUUGUUGUUAGGUUUUUCAUAGUGAAUCUUCCUUGCCAAAAAAAAAAAAAAACAAUAGGUAAUAAACCUUAGCUCAUUGUCUACUGUUGACAAACACUCAGGUGCCUACAAUCAUUAUAUUGUAUUAAGAUACCGCAUGGUCCUAGUUCAUUUACAGAUUCUGCUGGAUAACUUUUAUGACUUGAUUUCAGGCAGCGGAUUUUCAUAGCAAAAUUUCUUUUGCACAUAAUCUGACAAACAAGGAAAACAGCUAACCGAGCUGAAAGGUCUAACAUUCUUGGGCUCCCUAACUCUCAAAUGGUGCCCACACAAUUGCUCCUAGCCCUGAUUCCUUGUCUUUGUCAGGUAGCCUUAACUUAUUUAAAACCAUACAGGUUUGACCUUUUCAUGUCAUUACACGUAUAACUUCUCUUCAGAACCAACACAAUCCUCCCUGUUAACGCAAAGGCUAGUUACUGCAGGGUGUGCUAACGGCUGGAGAUGUGGGAGCCACAUGGCCUAUGGAGUGGACAUGCGUGGCACAUGUGUGCAGUGGUGGGGGAAGGCCCAACGGUAAGUCAUGAAGCACAUUGCAGGAGCUUUAGUUAGUCACACGCCUAUGAAGUAGUGGUCACUAUUACCAAAGCAACCAAGAGGUCUUGUGUUCCGUAUUUGAGUGCUAUUUUCAACAGUGUCAUGUAUUAUGCAAUUGGGAGUACACAGUGGAAAUCGUCACCAGAACAGGGAUUCUGGUUAAAGUACAGAAACAGGACAAGAUGCACCUUCCUGCAGCCCUCCUCAUAGCAGCCUACCCUGUGCUCUUCCUACCUGCAUUGCCUUGCUAUUCCUAGACAUGGUCUUCCUUUCACAGGCAUUGUAUCUGCCUGAGGUCAGGACGAGGAAGACAGUGUGGAUUUCAUCCGAGUUCAGUGAGAGAAAGCUUCCCCCCACCUCUGCUUUCUCUUUCUUUUUUCUUUUUGUCAUUUUUCAAGCAUCAUGCGUUUGAACCUGAGAAGUGGCAUAGCUGCUAAGUUGACUCUUAAUAGAAACUCUUUGUGCCUGAGGGAAAAUAGGCCUUUUAAAAAAGUACCUCAGAACAUCUUCCUGUGUUGCCUCCUAGGUGUUGUUGGGUGGGCCUGGGAAUUGAGCAGUGGAAGCCAUCUGUGUGCAGUGACGGGGUUGCGGCCCCCAGGACGUACUCGUCUUGUUCUGACUCCUUAGCCCAGGACUUAGGACCAGUGAAAAGCCAGGUCAUGAACAAAACAUUUAUCUCUUCCAAAUCAAAGUGUAUCCUUAAGUCUAUUAUAAACUAGUUUUAUUUCAGUUAUUUUUGUUCACC